AAAAAUUUUGGUAUGUUUAAAACUUUAGACGAUUUAAAGAAAGGUGAUAAGGAAGAGAAAUAAAAGAAAACAAGUAAUUCUUAUGCAGGAGGAGAAAAGAGGUAUAAAUAUAAAUGAAAUAUUAUAGUGGAUUAUCAGUCGAAAAUCCUGAUGGUUAUGAUGAAUUAAUAAAUAAAGCGUAAUAAUAUCUAUAAAAUAUAUAUAGAAAACAAGGAGGUAGUAAGCCUGAUACUGAUGAGGAUCCAAAAGAAUGGUGUAAAAUUACUUUAUGGAAUAAUGGAUUUUAAAUUAAUGAUGGUGAAUUCAAAGAUAUCAAUGAUCCAGAAAACAAAAAAUUCAUAUCUGAAUUAAAAUAAGGGUAUUUAAAUAAUGUUAAUUGAAAGUAAUGUGCCAACAGCUUUACGUUAAAAAUAUCAUAAAGGAUUGAGUGUUAAAUUAGAAGAUAGAACAUAAGAAAAAUUUGUACCACCUCCCCCUCCAAAAUAUGUAGAAUUUAGUGGAUCAGGAGUAAGUUUGGGCUAAUAAUAAUUUGUUUAAUAACAAUAAUAAGUUAAAGUAGAUUUAAGUAAGUAAGGUUAAAUAUAAAUCAAUCCUAAUUAACCUACAACAAAUAUCUUGGUGAGACUCUCCACUGGAAGUACAAUAACAUUGACAGUCAAUACAACAACAAGAGUCACAGCCAUUCAAUAACAUCUUUUAAGGUAUUUUUUUUAUUUUUGUUAAGAAUGAUGAACUUACCUCCUCAAAAAUAAAUUUAGUUAAUAUCUGGCUUCCCUCCAAAACCAAUUUCAAAUAUGAAUUAAACAGUAGAAGAAGCUGAUUUAUGUGAUUCCUAAAUCACUUAAACAGUUAUUUGAAUUUUAAGAAC